GUAUAUUUCUUUCUUUGGGAGAUUCUUAUGCACGCGAGAAACGAUCCGAGCCAGAGGCCCGAGCGGUAGAGGUGGAGAAUCCCGCGAUGGAGGCCGAUGACGUGGAGAUGUCUACGGUGACCAACGGACCUGUCGUGGAAUUGGAUGAAAUGAAAAAGAGGCUGAAGGAUAUGGAAGAUGAGGCGGCGGCUCUCCGCGAAAUGCAGGCCAAAGUUGAGAAAGAAAUGGGCUCCGUUCAAGACCCUGCUGCCGAUGCUGCAACCCAGGCUAACAAGGAAGAGGUGGAUUCUCGUUCGGUCUUUGUUGGCAAUGUGGACUAUGCAUGCACUCCUGAGGAAGUACAACAGCAUUUUCAGGCAUGUGGGACAGUUAACCGGGUUACUAUCCGGACUAACAAGUUUGGGCAACCAAAGGGAUAUGCAUAUGUUGAAUUUCUUGAGCCAGAAGCUGUUCAGGAGGCUAUUCUUCUAAAUGAAUCUGAGCUUCAUGGACGCCAGCUUAAGGUAACAGCCAAACGAACUAAUGUUCCGGGCAUGAAGCUGUUCCGCGCUCGGCGUCCAAAUCCUUAUAUGGGUUUCCGGGGCAGGGCACUAUAUCCACCACCAGCUUUUUUCUUUCCUCCAUAUGGUUAUGGGAAGGUGCCGAGAUACAGAGCACCAAUGCGUUACAACCCCUAUUUCUGAAGGCUGGUGUUGAUGUGCGAAAUGAAAAAUGUGUCCUUCAAAUCGAGCACUCCAUUGAUGAGGGUUGGCUUCAAAGAGUGUGUGUCUAGGCGUUUGUUUAAUAUCGCAUCAUUAUUGUCAUUAUUAUUUCUAUAAGUUGAGCUUUGCGCGCAUCGUCUCUAUUAGUCGUAUCGGUAUUACUGCUGCUGUUAUUCAUUAGUAACAUCUUGUUUGAGUUGCAUGUUCAACAAGAUUGUGUGCUGGUCUUGUAGGUUAGUUGAUCAGACAGUGACUUCAAGAAGAAUAACAGUGUUACUUGUUAAUGAUAAUGGAACAUAUCAAAAAAGUUUUCUUUAAGAG